AUUACAUACGUGGCAAUCAAGACAGAACCCCCACAACUCGUGUAGUCGCGUGCAUGAAGCGUGAUUUAUCUUUUCUCGUCGGACGUGGCACUCGGACAGAAGCGCCAGCGCACGACGAGACAUGGCCUAGGACCACUCCACGUGUCCCAGAGAGAGGAACCGUGCACAUCUCGAGAGGAAGGGGGGGGGAAGGGAAACCAAACAACACAGCUGUCUGGAAACGUCCCAACAAAGAGUGGGUCCCACCGAAACAGCUUCACUUUAACAGAUUCUGUCCAAAUUUAGCAGAAGAAAAGAAAGGAAUGCUUCCCGCAGUUGAGUUGCUUUGGUUGGAGUGGAGUUUGGUUUGGUUUGCGGGGGGUGGGGGAGGAGAGGACUACCUUUUUAACCGUAUCUCUUAACGUAGUCCCCCGACCAUACAUGCUCCAUCAACACCUGUCAAUUUAUGGAAUUUGUUCCUUUUCCUCUUUUUAACCAUUGGAAUAGAAAUCAUUUUACUUU